AUGGCUAAGCGAUUAAGUGAACAAGAAAUAUCUGAUUUAGCGAAUUGUGAUAGUAGUGACGAGAGUGGUGAUGACUUCUCUUCGACAGAUGAAGACGAAUUGUAUGUACAACCUGAUACAAGUGCUGAUAGUUCGUUUUCGGAGCGCGAACAUGCUGAGUCUCGUUCAAACGCACAAGCUACACAACAAGCUAUUACAUUGCGAUCCAAUACUAUUCAAUCUUCUUCUUCAUUUCAGAAGACAAUGUCCCUUUGGUAG